UUGUUGUGUCCCCCCCAGUGGGUGCUCACAGCUUCACACCUCCCCAAGCACGGAUCCCAGCCAGGGUCUUCUGCAUGGAAUCAUCAUUUUUUCCACUUCUGGGAAAAACCCUAUCCUUGGUGGGAACCUUGGCUGGCAUUUGGUGGGAGAAAAGCAGUUGUUUAGGUUUAGUUCUUUAGGAUUUGGUACCACCCCUGCCCUACUCAAAAUGAGCCUCCUCUGCCUCUGUCUGUCCUUUAAAACAAUGCACUAAGGGUGUUCAACACAUCCCACGUGUGGGACACAGUGCUCCCCAUCGUGAUCCCAUCCCCCUCCCCACGGUUGGGAGGAGGCAGCCCCAUCCCUGCCUGCAAAGCCCACACAGGAGAAGCAGUAUUUCUGCACACAGAGAUAAAGGAUGCACACACCUCCUUGAUCAGGGUGACACUGUGAACCCUUUCUGCAUAACCUGAAGAACAAUCAACCUGAGCGGUCUGAUUGUUCUGAUUUUGGAAAUGGUUUUAAAACUGAAAGGAGACAUCUGGUUACUGCUCACCCUGCUGCCUUGGUGACCCCAAAGGGAUGCCCUCCCUUCUCUCACCUCAUGCAUAGUAGCCAUUGGACACCCCAAACUUCGCAAACAGUCACGGUAAGCUGUGAUGCAGCACAUUCAGAAGGGGUGAAAUGGGCCGUUUCUGCUGCUGGAUCAGCUUUCUUGAUGCUGUGUGUACUUGGGAUCAUGGUGAGUGGGGACAGCAUAGUGGCAGAGGCAGAUCUGAGCUUCUGGGGCUGGAGGACGGCACGCAAGAGUGGCCUGACAUGGCUGGGGGCAAACAGAGCCUUCAAGAGCUUCUCUGCUGCCCCUCUGUCCUCUUCUGUUCCUCAGUCAACUGUGCAGUCUUACCUGGAGGGGGUGAGCACUGGGCUGGAGCAACUGCGGUCGGCGGUCCAGGAGGUGCAGAGCGUGUGCCAGGACAUGGGGGCGGCGAGGUGGGCCCUGCUCGACUGCGCAGAUCGCUUCCAGGACCUGCAGCAGAUGCGGGCGCUGAUGGCAGAGCACGUGCAGCUGGCUUCUGUGGUCCAGGUGCUGCCCCAGCUCUUCUCAGUCCAUGAGGUUUUUUCCCAUACCCUGCAGCUGCUCCGUGAGCAGCACCUCUUGGAGGCCCACGCAGAGCUCAUGAUGAUGGAGCACCUCCGGGAUGACAUCCUGUCCCAGCUGCACCUUCGUGGGCUCUCCAAUGCCCAGGCAACUGUGCUGUCCUACUUCAGCUGUCUGCAAGAGCUCAAUGAGAGCCUGGCCAAGCAGCUGUGGGGCAUCGUGAGCAGCAGCCUGCAGCUGGUGCGGGAGGACCCAGUUCUCUUUGUCACCGCCAUCAGGAUCAUUGAGCGGGAGGAGAAAAUAGAUGACACUCUACUCCUGGAUGCCACCUUCCUGCCUCCUGGCCGCCCGAAGGGCUGGAGACAGAAGUUUUACAAUGUUCUCCAGGAGACCAUCACAGCAGCUCACUUUAAUGCCAUCCGUAUGGAUGCUGAAGGCCCGGGGCUGGCCAGGCACCUCGCUGCACUGCAGAGGGACAUCGUGUCCGAGCUGCGUGUGGUGAAGGACCUGAUGGUCCAGUGUGUCCCAGCACACUACAACAUCCUCAGUGUCUGCACUGCCACGUACCACCGGGCCCUCAGUGGCCACCUCCAGGACAUCCUCCGAGAGGACCUGGACAAACAGGCACUCUUCCUCCUCCUCGAAUGGGUGCUUCGCAUGUACCCCAGCCCGGAGGUGAUGGGUCACCCUGACCUCCUCCCAGAAGUGGAUGUUUCUUCUCUGGGCCCCCUGAUCUCCCCUGAGCUUGUGGAUCAGACAGAGAGGAAAUACGUGGAGAAAGUCAAGGCGAGCGUGCUCGAGUGGAUGCAGAGGACCCUGGAGGUGGAGUUCAAGGAGUGGUUCAGAGAAGAGGAACCUGAGAUGGACCAUCAGGGCUUCUUCCAGUCUGCCCUGCCUGUCAUUGUCGUGCAGAUGCUGAGUGAGAAUAUCCAGGUAGCCUCCUUGAUCACAGAUUCUCUGCAGCAGAAGGUCUACAACAUGGCCCUGGAGGAGCUCGAGGCUUUUCUGGGACGCCUGAGGGAAGUCCUCGUGCAGUGUGGGAAGGAGCACCAGAAGGAUCGGACCGUACCCAAGCACUAUGUUCCCUACCUCCUGGCCAUGCUCAACAACAACCUGGCUCUCAGCUCUUCUAUCCCCUCUCUGCACCCCAAUGCUUCCUGCAGAGAAGUCCCUGCAUCCCUCCUGGCUGCUCUGGACAAGAUACAGAAGAAAGCCUGCCAGCUGCUGCUGGAGGAGCUGCUCCUUGACUUACAACCCCUCUACGUGCAGCUGCCUUCCCGCAAGUGGCUCUCUGGGUCCCAGCUGGUCAACAGCAUGUGUGAAGUGAUCGACAAAUACACGAAGGAAUUCUCCCACGUCAGGAAGCCCGCCUUCACGGUCCUGCUGAUGGAGAGUGAGCUCCUGGUGGCGAGCCAAUACCUGAGGGCACUCAUGCAGAAGAAGAUGGUGUGCAAGAGCAAGGAGGAGAGGGGCCAGUUGUGUGACCGCCUGCUGCAGGACGCCACGCAGCUCCGGGAGCUCUUCUGCAGCCUGGGCCUGGACAGGAGCCAGCAGAGCCUGGAGGCCGUGUUUGCUCUGCGGGAGCUGAUCUGCCUCAAAGAUCCAGGGCUACUCAGCCUAGAGGUGCUGGGCUUCAUCACCAAGUACCCCGAUGUCAGCGAUGAGCACAUCUCCACUUUGCUGGACCUCCGGGGUGACAUCUCCAAGGAUGUGAGACACGUGGUGCUGGAAAUGAUGGCACAGAACCCCCAGCCUCUGCCCGAAGGCUACCGGCCCAUCUUCAGCACCAUCCUGGUCCCUGCACCUGAGCUGCCCUUCUGCCUGCGCAAGGCCAAGUGUGCCUGAGACAUCCCACUGCCUGCAACAGCCCUGCUUCCCACUGCCCCACCGAUGUAUGGACCGAACAGGACAGCUCCAAGGCUGUGUGUGGGGAGAAUGGAGGGACGCAGGGCAUCCCCACACCCUGCCCUGUGUUGGGACAGUCUGGAUACAUGACAUCCUGCUCUGAGCUUGCCUUGCUGAGCUGUUAACCCUCCAAGCAGACCUAGGAGACCUGGCUCAGGAGAAAAUCAAGGCUGCUUAGGUCUAGCUUACUGCCUGGAGGAGAAAGAGGAUCAAUGGAGCAAAGGACAGGGGGCUACAGCUGGGGUGAGGCCAAAUCUCUGUGCAGCUGCAGCAAUUCCCAGUGCAUCCAGAGAGGCAGAGUGACCUGUGUGUUGGUUCUUUUCUCACCACAGCUCCAAAACUGGAGCACUGCUAGACCCAGGCUUACGUGGUCUUACAGGACCAGCUGGGUCCUGCAUGGAUCUCAGCCAGCUCACUAUGGCUAAUGACCAGAGAGGAGAAGGAACACACAGAACUCUUGCCAUCAACUCUCUCCCUGCUGGCAUGAAGGGACAGACCUGAGUUCUAGUGAUCUGCCCAAGCUCUCUGGUCAACAUUUACAACAGCAUCAAAGUCCAAGACUUCAGUACUUGGGAGAAUGUGAAAUGAGUCCCAGCUUCCUCCACGAUGGGCAGAUCUUCCUGGGCACAAUCAUCCUCUGCUGCUCUCCAUCCCUUGGUCUUCUUCUCCUUAUAUGCCAGGGGAAGGUGAGGAGCAAAGCAUGUUGUGUGCUCUGCUUCCUUGGAACCACACAGCUCCCUUUUGCCUCCUCCUCCUGCCUGGCCUGCACAGCUGUGCCACCCCUGCAGGCACCUUGGGCAGUGGAAGGGCUGAAUUCUAUGCUCUGCCACCUCUUUCUGCUUUAUGAUGGGCCUGAUCCCACUGCUGUUGUAUGGCACUGAUGCCAAAAAUAAAGACCUGAGCUCUGCAAUCACUUACCUGUGUCCAGCCAAUGUGCCUCAGGGGAGCAGGGCAUGGGGAGCACAGAGCAGGGACCACAUCCCCAUGCUCAGGAUUAUCCCAGGGAUGGCUCCUGGCACUCAAGUGAGCCCAGGUUGGUGAUGGGGGGAUUUGGGGGAAACCAAUCUACUCCCUAGCACGCAGUCCUGGGGGGCAGAGGGAUCAGGCACCUGCAGGAGGGGCUCAGAGGUGACGAGCUCAGGGAGAAGUCCAUUGUCCUCCCUGGGGCUUGCUGCCUGCUCUUCAUGGCUCCUGACUGCCUGGGAAAGCUUCUGCCUGCCCCACCUGGCCUUGGGAUGUGCUCACCUGCACAGGGGUGUACCUAGGGUGGCCUUGGGCUCUGGGAACAUCCAGCUGGGACAACGCCUUGCCAGGCCACCGUAUCACUGCUGUGUGGGGGAAGAACAGCUCUCACACAGGCCUGGAGGGACUUGGCCAUCUCCCAUAGCCCAAGCACCAACACCCACCCCAACCCUGCCUGCAUCCCACCAGAGCUCAGCUAUAGAAGCUGCAGUGGAGAACCCACCCAACUCCUUU